AUGAGGCCGACGCUAUCGCUCGGCAUUAAGUUCCGGAAGCUCAGGCUUACCACGAAGGAUAUCAAAAAGGGUUUCUACAAGGGUAACAGGACGGGAGCGAUGGGCCGGCAUACGAAGUACGGAGGAUACAUUAUCGAGUGGAAUAAGGUGCGGACGUAUCCGGUGCCGCCUCUCGAAGGGUUUACGCUUUCUCCUUUCGUGAGCAAGACGGUGAAGCCCCUCUUCGGUCUUUACGAAGGAAACCCCAAGGGACCCAGGGAUCCUGAGGUUUACCUCGAGCGGUGGAAGGCCGAGAACGGUGUUGACUAA